AUGGACCAUCAGGGCGUCCAGCUGUACAUGGCCAAGAAGCUGCCCAACACCAACCUGGUGUUCCUCAUCUCGGACGCUCGGAGCACCUGCCUGUCCUGCGACACCAAGCCCCUGCGGCAGGCCGAGCAGCCCUCUUCUGGACCGGACCAGUGUGAGCUGGCUCUCAACCCACGCUAUCGAAAAGGACCAGAGGUCUGCUUUGACAACAACAUUGAUGAGGAGUUUGUGUGCCCAAGCAGUGGUUCCUCAAGUGCUUUGGCCUCCGCCCCUCUCAUUGUUUUACUGCACAUGUCCAUUCUGUGGUCAUUAAAUGGAGGAUGCGAGUGACUGUGGAGGGGCCAACAGUCUGAUUCCUCCCCUCUGGCCCAUGCUGGGACUGCAACUGCUGUUGCUUUGGCUGCUCAUAAAGCCUACAGCCUACUCAUCCUGACCCUAACACACACACACACACACACACACACACACACACACACACACACACACACACGUACAUACGGAUGAAGAUAAUGUUAUCAUCUUGGGCAUACAGGACAUCGGCCCUUGCCAGAAAAUUCCACUGAAGUUCUAGCUAACUGAAGUUCUAGCUAACUGAAGUUCUAGCUAACUGAAUUUCUAGCUAAAUGAAGUUCUAGCUAUCUUCAGUCUUCACUACAAUCUUAAUCAACCGGUCCAAACUGGUGCUUACUGGUUGGCAUAGCUGGUUAUCACUGCCCUUUAAUGGUUCUACAUCAUGCAAUUAUUUAUUUUUUUGUCUUUUAAUUCAGUUUCUCGUUGAAAAUGAUUGUAAGAGGUCUAAUGUAGUCUGUUCUACUGCCAGCCCAUUCAUUCUUUUAACCAAUGCAGCGCCAGAGCUGAAAUAUAGAAUACUAUGGGAGUUUCACCCUCUCUACAUAACGCAUGCAUUUGUGACAUAGAGGUGAAAUGGGACUAUAUAGAAUUUCUGUGAGCCUUGUUUCAAGGACUGAAAUUAGGUAUAGAUAUUUGAUAUUGAAGUAAAGACCUAUUGAAAACAACAAACAACAAAAAAAGAAACAUCAGCAAGCAGAGACAAUAUUUGCCAUUGGUGUCAGGAAUGACUAGGCAUUGUAAAUGUAAAACCCUUGAUGAGAGGAACAUUCUCUCUUCUCUUCUAGGAAGCUGUCAAAGUGGUACUGUGAGUUAAUUGGAACUGGUGUCACUAUUUGCCAAAUGAAUUCUAUUCCAGGAAAUGUUUGAUUUGCCAACUCCUUGUAUCAUCAGGGACCAGCCUAAGAUGGGUGUUGGCUACUUUGUGCAAACUGUAAAAUGUAAAAAAAAAAAAAAUGGCUGCCCUCAUCAGAAAUCCAAGCGUCCCUUGAUCUGUGCAUGUUGUUCACACCUGAGUUGACAGGCAACGCUCUUUCAUUACUCAGUGAUCUCAAUUGGACAAAACAGCAGAACUCUCUGUCUUUUUGGAAAACACACUGCCAGCUACCACAGCUACUGUACGUGAUGGGAGGCCCCAGACAGAUCUCCCUGUGCCCCCGUAGCUCUGGUUUGGUCAACACACAGACGAUGGCUCAGUAGCUAACUUGAGCUCGCCAAAACAUGUAUUUCGUUGUUUGCUUGUGUUGUGUACGCACAUGUUUACUCAGCUGAAUCUUUGAUUGGCCAAAGUAGGCAGCAGCUGAUGCCAAGGGUUUUCUCAUUUUGUAUACAUGUUGGCAUUCAUAAAGGAUUUAUUUGAUGUCAUAGUCUAGACCUAAACGGCAAAAAGGCUAACAUUGUGUAAUAUGAGAACACUUUAUUUUGAUGGACUGAAUCAACAACAAACUUUUAGCAUACUUGUUAACUGAGUGUAACCCAGAGUACCAUAUACGUUGUCUGUAUGUGAACUAACCUCAACCAUAACCUGACAUAACCCUAACUACAAAUUGAGAUCUGUAUUCUUCAGUGUCAGUAGUGUGAGCAAAUGGUUUGUUGGUCCUUUUUGGUGGGCCAUCCAAAUAAAGUGGCACCAGUGACAUACUUAGUGAUCUUUAAAAAAAAAAGAAAGAAAGAAAAAAAAACUAUUCCAGGAUCCAGGAGAGAGUCGAUUGUGUUUGACUGUUAGCUCAAAAGCCGGAAGGCGCCCCCUCUCACUGAUGGAGUAGCAUCUUAUAGUGAACCUGCAAAGUGCAGUACCUACCUUGCUUUGUCUUAAAUACCUCAGACUGUGGAGGAUUGCAUUUAAGGGUGAGCCACAAUAGAUUCACAAUAGACAGAAUGCCUAGGAGUUUCAAGGAGCUUUAUGUAGUUUUACUACCAGGGGAAAACAAAAAAAAAAGAUAUUAAUGAUUGAACUGACCUUGCCUGACCUUGCCAUGCUAUCAUGGUACCAAACCCCUUGGCAUGGUCAGGACUCGUGGCUCAGACCUGAAGGCCGUCAUCUGUCUGUGAUACAAAGUAGCCUGUUUAACUGCUGUUUUAUGUCACUCCUGCAACGACAACAAAUGUUUAUGACAUUAUGAUUGUGUUUGAAGACGACUAUAUACCUGCAACUUAACAACUUGUGAGUGCCUGAGCAUUUUAUUCCCAGGCCAGCUGAACAGAUUCAAUUAUCUGAUGGAUGUACACACUGGCAAACUGGAUCUCUUUUUUGUAUUUUUUUCACUCCUGAGCUUAAGUCCUACUUCACGUGUGCACUCCUGUUUAUCACCUGAAAACAAAAGAAACCUUGUGAAAGGUUAUGUUACGUAGUGUUGACAUUUGGCCUCCACAAUGCAGUAUUUCCAGAGUGACUUCUGUCAUAAUGAAAAAAAAAAAAAUGAAGAAAAUAAAUAUUCUUUUUUUGUCUGAAGGGUUCAUAAUUGCCAGAAACACAUCCUGAAUGACAGCAUAUCAGAAAUCAUUAUUGGCCAAUUGAUUGAUUGAUUGAUUGAUCUGUGCCGCAGCUGCUGCCCUCAGUCUAUACUGUUCUGUUCUUUUUUUUCUUUCUCUCUGUGGGGAUGCCCUGUAGCGUUGUUACUGGAAGUGUUGUAGGUGUCGAUGGUGCUUUUCAAUCUUGUUUUCAUCUGCUGUCGCCGAGGCUCCUGGUUGAUGCUGCCCUCGCCAGUGUUCAAAAAAAAAAAAAGAAAAAAGAAAAAAACCGAGUCGCUCAGUUUGGUGUGUUA